UGCUAUGUGGAUAUUUGUUAGCAAUGACUGAUGUGGAAUCUACAUAUGCAGACUUUAUUGCUUCAGGAAGAACAGGUAGAAGAAAUGCAUUACAUGACAUACUUGUGUCCUCUCCGGGUGGGAACUCUAGUGAACUAGCCUUAAAGUUAUCAGAGCUUGAUAUAAACAAAACAGAAGGAGAAGGAGAUGCACAACGAAAUCCAAGUGAGCAAACUGGGGAGGCCCAAGGGGAGGCAGCAAAGCAAGAAAGCUGACAUCCGACUUUGACCGACUGAAGCAGCUGCUGGAUGUUUUCAGACUACAAGAGCAUGCUGGAACAAAUUUGUUUCCAUGAGCAAGCUGGUGGAAAAGAAAGUGCAUGUGUCUUCACUGCUGGAACCCACUCAACACAAUGCUAAAAAUGGGGGUGCAAGCUGUGGCAGAAGACAGAAUUUUCUCUACCUCUGUCAUUAGCAAUGGUUGAACAUGUGUUGAUUUUUUUUGGGAUAGUGUCAUCAGAUGGAUCCCUUCAUAAUGACUACUUGAUGGGAACACUUUUAGAGAGUAGAACAGGUAAAUCUUGUAGCAACUGGCCUUUGAAACAUCAGAGGAUCUAAUUGUGCAUCUUAAGCAAAGGCUUGUGUGAUCCUCAGAGUUUAAAAUUCUCUGGCCAAAGUGUUCACCCAUUAAAAGAACUGUAAAGAAAGCACUGUUUUUAGAACUUUGCGUCUGUUUUACAGCUCUGUUAUUUACAAUGGUUUUUGUAUUGUAUGACUUAGAUGCUCCACACUGCCCCUUCUCAACUGCUUAUGAAGGAUAUUUCUGUUACUGUGAAUUUUUCUACCACGCGUUUUGAAAGGGCUGGGUUUUUGCAUAAUGUGGUGAUGUGCACAUGAUAGAUUUAAAACGUCAACUAAAUUGAUUAUGCCUAAACCGAAAUGACUCAGCAUCCCUCUAAUCUGUUACUAGAUGAGCCUUCAAAACGAUUUGUUAAUGUGAAUACUUCAGCGUGUUUUGUGUCCUUGGUACAGUUUCGCCACUUGCCUGUAGCUAGUUGCAUAUCAGAGACUCAAAUUUGAAUAUUUUAUGUUGUUCUUCCCCAUUUUUCUAAUUUUAUUCCCAAUUUCUUAAUCUUUUUCCAAGAUAUUUUUUUAAAAUGUUAGUCCAAGUAUUUUACUGUUAAGGUAGUUUUAAGAAUACAUUUAUAACCUUAUAUAGGUUAAAAUUCAAACAAAUUCCGU